AUGGCAAAAAGCUUGAGAAGCAAGGUAAAGAGAAGGUUUCGUACAGCCAAGAGAUUAUUAAUUAAGAAUACUUUAGAGUUAAAUAGAAACAUUGAAAAGUCUAAUGCUCUGAGAGAAAUAGGAGAAGGUAUCUAUGUACAGAAAGAAAUCCCAUUGAAUGCAUUUUUGUAUCCGGAAAGUAAGAAUGCAAUUUUUCCACAGAAAAACAGAAAUGCUUCUAUAGACUUUAGAUCAGAAUCUAUAAGUAGUAUUGCAGGAUAUAUGGGCCCAGGAAAUAGACGUAAAUACUAUCCAGGAGAAGAAAUACCGGUUUUGAGUAUUAUGGGGGACGGAAAUAUGACGAACAGUAGGGAUGUUGAGAUUAUUAAUACAACUAAUAUUAACAUGAAUAUUGAUAGUAAAAGUCAGGUGAAUGAGACAAUUGAACCCGGUACCGAAAAAAGACAGGUAUCUAUUCCUGUUAUUAAAGACUCAAUUAAAGGAGCAUAUGAGGCAAGUUUUAAAAAGAAGAAGAAUUGA